UCCAAAGACACGAACGGGAGUAACACCGGCAGCUUUAACUGUUAUCACACUAUCACCGGAGAAGAAACAUCAGAUAAACCCAUAAUAACCGGUGUAACGGGACAAAACAGCGGAAUCCGGUACUAGCAGAGGCAGGUGAAUGGACUGAUCCCAAAUACAAGUCUCAGAGAAAACGAGCACUCUAACACCUUAAACAUACACACUCGAGCACACACACUGAAGAAGAACAGGGACUCAGAUAAAUGGCUGAUAAACAGAUCAGUUUGCCUGCCAAGCUAAUAAACGGCGGUGUGGCCGGACUGAUCGGUGUUACCUGUGUGUUCCCCAUUGAUUUGGCCAAGACUCGCCUUCAAAACCAGCAGAAUGGAUGCCGCCUCUAUUCCAGCAUGUCAGACUGCCUUAUUAAGACCAUUCGGUCGGAAGGAUACUUUGGGAUGUACAGAGGUGCAGCGGUGAAUUUAACUCUCGUCACUCCGGAAAAAGCCAUCAAGUUGGCAGCAAACGAUUUUUUCAGAUUUCACCUCUCUAAGGAUGGGCAGAAACUCACUUUAUUGCGAGAGAUGUUGGCUGGUUGUGGUGCAGGUACAUGUCAGGUCAUUGUUACAACACCAAUGGAGAUGCUAAAGAUUCAGCUGCAAGACGCCGGAAGAAUUGCGGCCCAAAGGAAGCUCAUGCCUCAGACGGUGACCCCUGGAGGCUCCGUGGAGGUGAAAUCCUCCACAGCUAUGCAACUCACCAGAGAAUUACUGAAGGAAAAGGGCAUCGCAGGUCUUUAUAAGGGCCUGGGAGCCACGCUGCUCAGGGAUGUGCCGUUUUCUAUCAUUUAUUUCCCUCUGUUUGCUAAUCUGAAUAAUCUGGGGAAGAAAGGAGCCGACGGUCCCGCCCCAUUCUACGUCUCUUUCGUAUCUGGCUGCGCCGCGGGCAGCACGGCCGCAGUUGCUGUCAAUCCUGUAGAUGUGAUCAAGACUAGGUUACAAUCGCUAACACGAGGUAGUCAAGAGGACAACUACACUGGGGUGAUGGACUGUAUCAGGAAAAUAUUACGUAACGAAGGUCCCACUGCUUUCCUGAAGGGGGCGUACUGUCGAGCUCUCGUCAUAGCCCCGCUCUUUGGCAUCGCACAGGUGGUCUACUUCCUCGGCGUGGGAGAAUUCAUCCUGAGCUAUCUACCCAAACGGAACAACUAACAAAUCAUCUCACUGCCUUUUCAUCAUGCAUCGCACCAGUCAGAUCUUUUCCCCUCUCACAUAUCAGUCUCACAUAUAAUUAUUGAAGGAUCAUAGAAUAACGUGGACCACAUGACUGAAUUUAAUUGUUUGUUGUUGUGGCGUUUUUGUUAAAAGCGAUGUAUUUCUAUCUGAAUGUGGUGGUUUUAAUACUGAGUGUAAAUUGAGACCGUGUUUGCCAAGCUGCCUGUUUUGUCUCGUUCUGUCUCACGCUGAGACAAAAUGACCUUGAUCGUAGAUAUGUGAAAUCAUUUUAUGAGCGUUUUAUCUUGUUGAGCCAUCGUCCGACCACUGGGGUUGUGUUCUCUAUCUCACGACAUUUAAACCAUAAAAUCCAUGAUCCACUAUCAAUCGUAACACUUUAAAUUUGAUGCCCUUGUUAAUUACAUGCUAAAAUAUCAAUCCAAUUUUAAUUUCUUGAACCUAGAGGGCAUGUAAUGUUCUCUGGGAACUUGAUUAGUUUGCCCCUGACUUUUCUUAUUCCUUUGGGCAAGGAACGACCUUGAGGAAACAAUGGAAGUGUACGUGUGUUUACAGCGGCAUCAGGCAUUGCAACAAUGACAUAUCAUUGACUAUGUGAAAGAAACAAGCUUGCAGAAGUCUGUUACUCUUCUCAAGGUGUGAUGAUUUGAGAACAGCAUAUCUUUGUGCCCUGUCAAGGCUUUAUGAAAUGAUUUAGACACAUAUUGCUAAAGUCUGGAUAGGCUAUCAAUUACAUGUCUGAACUGGAUCUGAAAGUGUCUCUCAAAUUGAACAAAUCAACCAAGGGUGCAGCAUCUUUUUUUCACUUAUAGAAAUUUGUACAUUCACCCCAUCACUUUUCCGGGAGAUAAUUAUAAUAUUUUAAGACAGGGGUGCUCAAUCCUGAUCCUGAAGAGCUACCUUCCUCCAGAGUUUAGUUUCAACUCUACUCCAACACAGCAGCUGUUUCAGGUGUCUUUGAUUAGAGUUGAAACUCGACUCUGCAGAAGGGUGUCUUAAAACCACAUCCAUACUAAUCUGUUUUCAUUUAAAAACACAUGGAUUUUGCUAAGUUUACGCCUCUCAUCUAAACUAUAUUUUCCUUCACCGAAAAAUGAGACUUUCGAAAACACUCUCUAUUACUGUUACUUUGGAAAACAAUGAAUAAAGCACCCCUGUUUUGCUAGGACACAUUUGUAACAGGAGCCAGCUGAUAGAUAGCUGUGCAAUGUGUAUAAACCUCACUCUCCUGACCUCAAGAGGAGCACUAG